GACGAGAGAUGUCGUGUCAACUCCAUUUUGAAUACUCGACGUUGUCGGGGUACUUCACACAUGACGAACAACUUGAGGGGCCACAAUGUCAAGGAAGCGCAAGUCGGCAGAGAGGAGUGGGAUCGAAAUGGGCCCAGCUAGAGGGCGAUGAUACGAUGACCCGGGUCGAUGCGAGAUUAACAGAGAAAGGUAAGGGCCAGGCGCUCGAAAUCAACGCCUCGUUGGAGAGCGAUAUCCAGGGGAUGAAAAUUCCAAGGCCGGGGAGAUACUACACUAGUCCUCUCGCUCGCUGCCUGGAGACAACUCGGCUUGCCUUCUCAGGCCUCGGGUCAUCUGGGAGUGAGCCCUUCAAGCCGAUAAUCAAGGAAGCCCUCCGUGAGAGGCUGGGAAAACACACAUGUGAUCGCCGCAGCACCCGCUCCUGGAUAGAGAGCAAUUAUCCUGAGUUUGAGGUCGAGCCAGACUUGACUGAGCAAGACGAACUCUGGCAGCCAAACUACCGAGAAACAGCUGACGAGCACGUCGUACGAGUCAAGAAAUUAUUAGACGACAUAUUCAGCAGUGAGGAAAAGAGUGUCAUCUCCUUCACCGCUCACUCCGGGGCUAUCCGAGCUCUCUACGCUGCAAAUAGGCACAGGGAUGUGUGGGUGGCUGCAGGGGCGAUGGUACCUCUUCUAGUGAGGGCAGAGCUGCAGGAGGUCGGAGCAAGUAAAGAUAUUUGA